AUGUUAAGGAAAAACCAGUUGGCACAAUGUCUUCUCACUGCAGACUUACAUGGUGCAGUGAUUUUAGUUAUUCAAUGUAAAAUAGGUGCCUUCACUGGAGUGAGUGGUGUCAUUAUUUGUGAAACCACCGAAACAUUUGGAAUAGUUAUGUAUGACUCUAACUAUCAAGGUAUCUUGUAUAAAAAGGUGUUUAUCAGCAGUCACAGUACGAAGGUUAAUGGUAAAUUGGUAAUAAAUGAGGUAACAAGACGUAGAUUGUGCUUCUUAAUGGGUAUAUUGAGGUUCUUUGGAUUAGUGAAUAUAGAGAUCAUUGUGUUCGAUUUUCUUUCCCCAUUUGCUGGGGAUUCUGACUCUGAUGCAAACAUUGAAAAGAACCUGAGGGCCAGAACAUUGCCCACACCUGCUUACCGGCUAUCAGUUCCGUCUAUUGAAACGAUUGUUGUCCCCAAAAGUUCAUCUGUUUUUUUUAUAUUUAAAGCUGAUAGCUGGAAAAUCACACUUCAUGGAGACAAACUUGCCUCAAGAAAUAUUGGACCGUGACAUAAGGUUUAACUUGCAUCCGGGUGAACUUCUUAUCGUGUCCUUCGGUUAUUUUAAGUUUCCGGUUCUGUGUUUGUGAGAGAGACUGUCUUUCCUCGUAAUCAGGUUUGUAGUCAUAACCAACCAUAUAGCACAUAACACGUAGUUUCAUUAGAACUUUCCGGUUACGUGAGAAACCUCGUGUUAUGUACGAUUUAUAGUUUUUUGUAUCUGAUCACGUUGUGGACGAUUAUAAGGAAGCUUCUGGCACUUGUUUUGUAGCGAGAUACUCUGCCUGCAUCCAGAGAUGAGGAAAUUACUUAAUUUUAUGGAGCCAGUCUCUGAAGCAUUGAUGAAAAACAGAAGAAGUACUAAAUUUGGCUAAAUUUUCUCACACGUACUUGCUUUGUGAGUCCUUUUAACAUUGCAGAAGUAUGGCUUCAUUUGUGACUAAUAAGUAAUAGUAAUUAUUGAAAAUAGAGGAAAUGACAUCUAGGAAUUAGGAUACCGUCAUAGAAUCGAUCCCACUCUCCGGUCAUUUUCCCUUAUGGGCAGGUAGAAAUUGUUAAGGAAAUAUAGCCUCGCAUUAUUUGGGAGUGAAACGAGUGAUCACUUAAUAUAUGUUUGCAGAUCUUUUCAUUUAUUGUCAAUUGGUUUUGAGAUGGAUAUAAAGUUUCCACAUUAUUCAUUUUCUAUCCGGUAUUGUAAAUUUUGAAAAUGAUGAAAAGCUUCUGUGCUUUCUGUUACCGCUUUUUAUUCGUUUUCAAAUUAUUGGGUAUUGCAAUUGGUUAAAGAACAAACAGUGUUUUCUAUUUAUUUUUUUUCCUAACAGCAAUGGAGAUUGACGGUUUCUUCUCAUAACGAAAUUGCAGGAACGUAACCGGCUAGAGUUUUAAAAGAUAUACAUGCCGGUUGUGACGUGUGAUUGUUCGAGGCUUACGUGCCAAGCUCGUUGUGAUGUUGUUUUAUCCUCUUUUCCCUAUAGUCUUUGUACACGGUUCUUUUCAAAGAUCAAUAAAAUUCUUCCUUUGCUGUCCAAAAAAAGGUUUUAAAAAGAUCAACAGCCGGCCGAUUGAGAGGUCAGCCGAGGAGUUCUGCCGA